GCAACGCUCUGUGCGCACUCACAACACGCAGGAUUUACAGGCGAGUAACGGUGCCGCCUCCUCUCCCACCCUCCCCAGCCGCGGAGCGACAACUUCUGUUCUUCCAGGCCUGCUUAGAGAAGGCAAAGCGAGGACUCCUAUUUGUUUACAUUUGAAGAGGAUGCAGAGAGACAGCCUCUGGAACUUGUGGUAAAGCAAGUUGUAAGCGUGAUGAAGUCUGUCGACGAAAAGGUGAUCUCUUGUAAUCUAGUUGGAAAUGCCUUUCACUUUAUUGUCAAUGUAUCCUGUACAUCACCCAUUACUGCAGAAUGUCAGUCUUACAGUGUAAAGCUGUCUCCGGUGUACUUGAAGCUAGAACUUUCGAUGAAAUCCAAAGAGGAAGACAUCCAAGUCAGGUGGUCUUUCAUCUAUACCUCAGAAACAAAUACUGAAGUCAAGCCUACUAGAGAACAAGAGGACCAGAAUGCUGGAGCAUUUACUUUAGCAGAAUCAUUUAAACGCGUGCUGCAGAAUAUUAUCAGUUCAGCAACUCCCUCUAUGGUUCUGAGUACAAAACCUACAGAAGUUAAGGCAAUACAGGGUGCACAAAACACAGGAACUCUCCCUCAGGGCACAAGUCCUCCAAAGCCUCCAAGGGCUCAUGAAUUAAAAUUGCUUGUGAAAAACAUCAAAGCUACACUGACCCAUGGAAGUACUGAAGGAAGUGUGAAGCCAUUAUGUAUCCUUCAGCUCAACGAGCCUUUGCAAAGGUUUUCCACCUCUGUAGCCAAUGAUCCUAUGGAGCUCUCUUGGAAAGAUGAGUUCCUCUUUGAAUUAAAUGCCAAAUCAAAAGAUCUUCAAGUGAAGAUUGCAGAAAAUGGAGAAUUGGAUAGUGGCUUCUCAGCAUUUGCUACUGUACCUUUGGAUUUGUUCAGGAAACAGCCUUCAGGACACAGAAGUUUUGCACUGAACAACCAGUGCAGCAGUAAUAGCUCUACAGUAGGAUCUGUCUUUGCAGAGUACACAUACAUAGAACCUUCAGAGUCUAGAUCCUUACAAGCUUCAGCCAAGUUUCCUGUUGCAAAAGUAGAAAAAGAUCGUACUGUGAUGCCCUGUGGGACUGUGGUCACCACUGUCACGGCUGUGAAGGCAAAACCUUUGUUAGAAGGGAGAUCAUCUUUUCUACAUUCAGGUUCACCAGGGCGAAGUCCUGUUAAAAUAAAGGUCAUUGAAAAGGAUCUGUCAGUUCAAGCAAUCCACUGUCGAAAUGCUUCAGUAAACAGGGCUUUAUCUUCUUCAGAUACAGAAUUACUGGUAUUGAAUGGCACAGAUCCUGUGGCUGAGGUAGCUAUUCACCAGCUAAGUGAAUCUGCAAAGCAAAAACUGAAGUCUCCCAGAAAGAAAAGCACGAUCAUAAUAUCAGGGGUAUCAAAGACUAAUUUAUCUCAGGAUAGUGAAGCUGCGCUUAUGAUGGACUAUGCAGCAGCCAUGGAUGGCUCAAGUAAACAAGCUGAUGCUUCCAGUGUGGAAGGCAAUCUCACACAGUCCCCUUCUGAUGAAAAUGUUUUACUGUCUGCAUCCCAAACACUACCUGUCCACGAAGACCCCCAGGAAAACAGCCAUGAUGCUUGGACCUUAGAUGACACUAGCCAGCAAUGGGACAGCAGUGUGCUGCUGGACCAAGACUGUGAUAAAAUGUCUGGGAGCUCCGUGAGCAUCUCGGAAUCUGGAGCUGUGAAGAAAUCCAAAGGUGGAAUACUGAAAAAGAGUGCAAAGUUAUUUUUCCUUCGACGGCACCAUCAAAAAGACCCAGGAAUGAGCCAAUCACAUAAUGACCUCACCUACUUACAGCAACCUACAUCUGAUGGAACUCAAAGAAAGGGGGGGACCUUAACGCGCAUUCUGAACAAGAAAAUUAUCUUUAAAAGCAAGAGCAAGAGCAAGCUCAACGGCACACCUGUCGAACCAUAUGCAUAAAACUGUAUGCCAAAUUAAAUGACCUGCACAUGUUCAGUUGUUUACAGAAACAUAAGACAGUAAUGUGCUUAAUGAGAGUCGCUAAUGCUGUGGUGUAUUGAAGAGACUGGAUAAAAGAGCAAGGAGAUGAAAUUGGUGGGAGGAUUACAGCAAGCUUAAAUUGCCAAGAAAAAGACUUCAGUUCUGUCCCAACAACAAACAAAAACAAAAGUAUUCUGGCACUGUUGACAGGCAUUAACCCUGUUCAGACUUUCUAAGAAAUGUGCUGGUUUAUUUCAGGAGGCCUUGGUCUACAAAACAUUACUCAAAAAUCAGGUUUAAAAUAUUUUUUAAUAUGGAGUGAAUAAAAGACCACCAAGGAGCUAUACAGUGAACAACUGUCUGCAUGAAUGUAUAAUAGAUGCAUAUAAUGAUUGCAUUUUAAGAAUAUCAUUAUAUGGUGAAGCUUAGCAACACACAAUUUUUAAAAGGUGCUGAGCUGAAGGGGAACACAGCUGGGCAGAACAGGAAAUCCUAAUCCAGGUGAUCUGAACUUGGAAAUUGGCAAUCCUGUGCAUGCUUGCUAAGAAGUAAUUCCUGCUGUGUAGAGUGGGGCUUACCCUUGGUAAGAGUGCACAAGACUGCAGGCUUAGAAUAUUUCUGGAGAUGGAAUUGACACAAUGAAUGGGUCAUCCUGAUGUAAUAAUUCUUCAAUGUAUAAAUUAGAUCUGCUUUUAGUAGAUAGUAGCCAUACAGAUUGGUCACUUAUCAGAUUACUUAUAAAUCUAAUUUUAUACAGUACUUAGUGCAUGUAUCACAAUGAACCCCCUGUUUGUUAUGAGUUGACAGGCCCUUAAGAAAUCCAUGAUCUAAUUCCAUGAGUACUCAACUUUGCCAAUGCUGUUAACAUACCUUUGGAAGCCUACAAUAUGUUAGACAAAGGUGCUCUGUCACAGCAGAACAAAGGAUAACAUACAUAAAGCAUGUGUAGUCUCUCAGAUCUCCUCUCCCCCCCCNGUUCCAUUUUGCAAUGAAAUGAGUUAAGGGAUGUGUGUAUUUAAGUUCUAAAGUUACUCCUUCUUGAAAUUCCAAGAAGGGAAAAAUGAUGCUCACUGUUACCUUGCUAUCAGGUAAUGAGAACAAACAUACAUAUCUCUUUAAUUUACAUAUUAUUAUAUAUGCAUUCUUUAUUGAAGUUCAAAGCUUAUGUAUCUGACUUCAUUGGGGACAUGCUUUGAAAUAUGUGGCUUGGUUGUGGAAUACAGAAUCAAGCUUUCUCAGUUAUUCAGGUGACUCUUGGUACCAAUACUAUUACUGCAUUUUUUUUAUCAGUAAAGGAAGAAAUGUUAUGGACAGAAAUCAUGAUGCUCCAGGAAUUUUUAAUAUAAGCUACAGUGAUGGUAUUUGUGGACAUGGCCUUAUAAAGCCUCGUAUGCAAAUGAAGGCUGUUGAAAUGAAGCAAGCAUUUGCAGUGCAUACAGCAGAUUCUAGCUUCUGUUACGAAUGUCAGUUGUAGAUUGAUUGCUAGAGAGUUAACAGACAUAUGAAAUGGUUCUUUUUAUAAUAAGCAUUAUGAUUGGGAUCCUAGACCUAUUUCUUUGGAGAAAAGACUUGUCAUCAGCAGACCAGCUUCCAUGUUGAUCACGGCUAGGGGGACUUGUAAGGUUCAAGAUAUUGUUGGAUUGAAACUGCCUUCAUCCCUAAUCAGUGGAGGCAAGAGGUGAGAAGUUAACAGUCAAACAAUAUCUAAAAGGCUACACACUCCCCAUCCCUAAUACAAAUAGAUUUAGGACUGGGUUGCAAGAGUGGUAUAUUGUGAAUUAUCUUUUAUUGUAUAGCUUGAUGGCGCAUAUGUGGGUUGAGAUGCUAAACUAAAAAGAAAAGCAAUUGCUGCUCUGUCUCUUACAAAUACUUGAUAUUUAAAAACUAUUUGAAAGUCUUAAUGCUGUGUUAUUGGAUUUUAAAGGAAAAAAAAGAUACCAAA